CUCGUGUAUUUAUAUAAAAAUCUUUGAAAUUGUUGAAGAGUCCCGUUGCUACUAGGCUUCAUACGUUCGUGGGUCAGCCUACUUUUCUUGAAUUUCUUUUUCCUCGUUUUGACAAGAAAAGAAAAAUAGCUCCUCCUUGAGGCAGGUGCAGUAGCAGCCAUCUGAUUCAUCCUUCCGCUGUGUAACUCUGCUUCAUCAUCACAGCAAACAGCAUCAUGAAAGCAGCAGGAGCAGCAGUGUUUUCUCUCCCAUCAAGCCUGAAGAGUCCAGGAAAACCCCAGUUACCUCCCUUCUCCUGAUGAGCACUUGUUUAAUUUUACUUUAUGAGAUUUCUUGAAUCUACUUUUUGAGGAUUAUUAUGUUUUUUGGACAAGUGGGACAUGACGCAAACAUAUGGAAUGAACCAUUUGGAUGGCCGUGCUCUGGGUUAGAUAUGCUUAUAUGUUUUUGUUCUUUUAACGUCUUUUGCCCAUAAAGUCUGUAGUCUGAUGACUGACAGCAUGAUAAAUCGUUGCUUUUGUUCUCAGAUGACUAGCUGUAGUGUGUGAUUCCUGAGUUACUAACUAAUUAAUGAAUUUUUCUUUCACACAGUCCUGUCCUCUUUCCCUUUUUAAAAUUUCCUCCUCAUAUUUUUAUUUCUUACUGUAAUUUAGCUAGACCAUUAAUUGCCCCGACUCACUGUUUUGUUAGCCAGCUAGGUGUGGCAUCAUUGCUAUUGUUCACUGGCUAUUUUAUGGCUGAGAAUUGGUGAAAGUGUAAUUGAAAGGACUUUUUUUCAGGAAGAUACAAUUGAAAAACAAUAUUUUAGAAGAAGCCAACAAAAGAAAUAGAGAAGAAAAUCUGUCGGGAGGAAAUUAGAUUAGCCAGCCAAGGGAGGGGAGGUGGAGGCGAUAGAUGACGACAGGAGGCGUGGCUGCAGAGGGACCAGGAGUGGAGAAGAGUGGAUGCUACACACACCCUGAGAUGCUGUGCUGGCUGAGGGAGGACGAGAUGUCGGUUCAGGAGCUUCUACAGCGAGUGGAGUGUGUCAUCGCUCAUGUCGACGAGAUCAUGCAGCAGGACAUCAGGCCUCUUCUGGCUGUGGACAUCAUAGAGCAGCUUCAUCGCCAGUUUGCAUUGCUUUCAGGAGGGCGAGGGGAAGACGGCGCUCCCAUCAUUACCUUUCCAGAGUACUCAGGCUUCAGCGAAGUGCCAGAGGAAGAUUUCCUCAACGUGGUUACUUACCUGACCAGUAUCCCCAGUCCUCUUGUGUCCAGCUUGGAUGCUGCCAGCAUCGGCUUCAUCAUCAUCAUCGACCGACGGAAAGACAAGUGGAGCUCAGUAAAGGCCUCCCUGUCCAGGAUUGCUAGAGCAUUCCCAGGGAAUCUUCAGCUAGUGUUGGUGCUGCGGCCGUCCAGACUCCUCCAGAGGGCUAUGGCCGACAUCGGGUUGAAGCUGCACAAGGAUGACUUUAAAAUGAAGAUUGUUAUGCUGAACUCUCUGUCAGACCUCCACAGCUAUGUGGAUAAAAGCCAGCUGACCCGGGAUUUCGGAGGAAUUCUGGAGUACUCUCACAGCCAGUGGAUUCAUCAUCGAACUGCUAUAGAAAAUUUUGCCUUGACAGUGAAAAGUACGGCGCAGAUGUUGCAGAGGUUUGGGGCUCAGCUGGCCGAGACUGAACUUCCCAAUGAUGUCCAGGGCACCAAAGACCUGCUCACGGUGCACACAGACAAACACAACAACCUCAAGGAUGAGCUGAAGCUCGCUUUAAGGCAAGGCAACACGUUGUUCACUUGUAUCAAGGAUCAAGCAGCAAAGUCAGAGAACCAUGUACUCAGUCCAGAUGAGAUGGAGAACCAAACCACCGUGGAAAGGCUCUUGGCCCAGCUGGAUGAGACGGAGAAUGCUUUUGAGCAGUUCUGGUGUAAACACCACCUGAAACUGGAGCAGUGCCUUCAGCUACGUCACUUUGAACAGGACUUCAGAGAGGUCAAAGUGUGUCUUGAUUCUUUGUUGGAUGGCCUGAACAGCCUAUCAGAUACCGGGGAUUGUGUGGCCAGAGUGGAACACCUCCUUAAGGAACUUAAAGCACUGGAGAAGAAGGGUCAGCCAGCGGUAGAAAAGGCUCAGCUCCACGCAUCACACGGUGACCAGCUGAUACAGAGCAACCACUAUGCUGUGGACUCGAUCCGACCCAAAUGUGUGGAGCUCCGGCGGGUCUGUGAUGACUUCAGCAAUGAGGCCAAGAAGAAGUUUGAUGUCUUGUCCAAAUCCCUGCAGAUACACAUGGGCAUCGACAAGGUCAACCAGUGGUGUGAGUCUGGAAUCUACCUCCUGGCCUCUCAGGCUGUGGAUAAGUGUCAGUCCCAAGAAGGAGCAGAAUCAGCUUUAACCGACAUUGAACACUUUCUGGACUCAGCAGAAAAAAACCAGCUAACAGAACUGAGGAACCUUCACAACCAGUUUGAGGUCGUCUUAUCCGAAGAUAUUAAGGGCGGAGUCCUGAAGGCUCUGAAGAGACUGGAGGAUGUUCAGGAGAUGUUUGAGAAGCGAAGCGUUAGUUUGAAAAGGCUGUCAGCGAAACAGACAAGGCCCAUUCAGCCAGUCGCCCCACGGCCUGAAUCGUCUCCUAAACGGCCCUCACAGAAGACCCCCCCCAGGACCACCGGAAGCCAUCAGCCUCUGACUCGAAGACCUUCUGAUAACUUGAACAGUGCUAAGCAGCAAGCUGAAGCUGAUCCCAACAAAAAGAAGAACAUUCGGAGAACAAAAGAAGCAAUCACGAUUGAAGUAAUGCAUGGAGAGAGCCAAGGAGGAUCUACCCUUGUUCCUGUGUCAAAUGAGAGUGAGGAGAGUCUUUCCAACCGACGCAGACACAUCAUGACUGAGCUGAUUGAAUCAGAGAGGAUUUAUGUGGAGGAGCUGCAGAGCAUCAUGGAGGGCUACUUUGCUGAGCUGAACAACUCCGAGCUCAGUCAUCUAAUCCCCCCAACCCUGGAGAACAAAAAAGAUGUGCUGUUUGGAAACCUGCCAGAAAUAUAUGAAUUUCACAACAAGACGUUUCUCGUGGAGCUGGAGAACUGCGCAGAGAAACCAGAACUGGUUGGAAUCUGCUUUCUGAAAAGGAAAGAAGAACUUCAGGUGUAUGAGAAGUACUGUCAGAAUAAACCCCGCUCUGAGGUGGUGUGGAGACAGUGUGGAGACAGCUUCUUCUUUCAGGAAUGCCAGAAGAAACUGGACCACAAACUGUCUCUAGAUGCCUACCUGCUGAAGCCGGUUCAGAGGAUCACCAAAUACCAGCUGAUGCUGAAGGAGAUGCUGAAAUGCAGUAAAGGUGAAGGGAUGGUAGAGUUGGAGGAGGCCUUGGCCACCAUGCUGGACAUCAUCAAAUCAGUCAAUGACUCCAUGCACCAGAUAGCCAUCACUGGCUUUGAAGGAAACCUGAGUGAACUGGGGAAGCUGCUGAUGCAGGGGUCCUUUAAUGUAUGGACUGACCACAAGAAGGUCCACAGCAAGGUGAAAGACCUGGCGAGGUUUAAGCCCAUGCAGAGGCACCUGUUCCUGUACGACAGGAUGCUGCUGUUCUGCAAGAAACGAGAGGAAACCACAGAGGGACACGAGAAGACUCCAACCUACAGCUUUAAACACUCGCUUAAGAUGAGUUCUGUGGGAAUCACAGAGAACGUCAAAGGUGACAGCAAAAAAUUUGAAGUGUGGUACAACGGCCGAGAGGAGGUUUACAUAAUCCAGGCUCCCUCCAUGGAUGUGAAAAAUAUGUGGGUGUCAGAGAUCCGUAAAGUUCUCACAGGCCAGCUCGAAGCAUGCAGAGAAGCCAGCCAGAACAAUGUGUACGGGGCUCCAUUGAGGAACGUACGGAAGAUGGUGUUGAGGCAGUCUGACUCGUCAAGUCCAGAGUCCGGCUUCAGGAGGGCAAACCCCAGUCCUAACAUGAGGCAGAGGAAAGCUGAUGCUUCAGCCAGCCGUUCAGGCCACUCGGCUGCUAACUCCAGGAAGCAUUUCACCCUGCAAGGGCUUUCCAAGAGGAGGUCUCUUCCUGCAGAACCCACUGCUAAGGAGGCAGAGGUCCCCCGCCGCUUCUCUCUCACCUCCUCUCUAGCUUCUUCCUCCUCCUCCUCUUUUGCUGCGCGGCGUACAAAAGGUCCCCUCUCUGCCAGCAUUAAGAACAAGAGACAUGAGAUAAAGAGUGAUCCUACUCCCUUUGGUUAUGAAGAUACUUUGCGUGGAGCUACGGCUUCAGGUGGGAAACGUCAGAGCAUGACUAGCAGCACUACUACAGGUGCUAGUGGCACCACAGCUGUCCCUAGAUCCACCUCCCAACCAGGUUGGACUCAGAGACGCCUUCCCUCUAUGGACACCGAAGACUUUGAGACGAUUCCCUCUACAGCAGAGGAGUCCUCCAACUCUUCUGAGGAUGAAGGCAACAAUAAGAUGAGUAACAGCAGUCGAUACCGUGUGCAGCUGACCUACGCAUCGUGUGAAGCGAGGGACCUUUCUCUGGGGACUGGUGACCUGGUUCAGUUUCUGGAAGAAGCAGAAAAUGGAGUCUGAUUUCUUCAGCCAUCUAUAUGCCGCAGCAUCCUCCAACUCUGACAAAAAUGAAGCCAGAAGCUGGCUGGACAUGUCUCAGGACAAAAAAAAUAUGGUGGACUACUGUAGUUCUGUCUCAGACAUGGAUUAUCAACUGUUAAAAUUACAGUUAUUAUUAUGAAGCUGUAUUUUUUACCUUUAACAAUAUGGGCCACGUUUCUUUUUUUAUGUUCAACAUUUUGAUGCUUGUCUGUGAGGCCUGUGGGGAAAGCUGGAACUUUACCUGAACACCACAGCUGGGAAGCCAUAUCAGAGUUUUAAUCCAAAGGAGUAUCAGCUGCAGACUGACGACUGUGUUGGUUUGGAUUCAGGACUUUACACCCAAAACGAUGUGAACUGAGAGGACACGAAGCAAACAUGUUGGAUUCCCACAAAUCCAAACCUUUUCUUUGAUCUGGACAUUAUAGAAGGGAGAUACAUCACACAUGCUGGUUGUAAGCUGCCUUUGUUGCCGUUACUCUGAGCUGAAAAAGAACCAGACAAGAUUCUGCCUUAUUUAAGCUGUUUCAGUCAUCAAGUGAGUGAAUGUACACGAUCACAUUCGUUAAUGUUUUAAACGCUUACCAACAGGAGUGAUGUGGGGUUCAUCCUGGAGGAGUGCAGACCACUUCACUUGUUGUUUAUUUUAUUUUAUUUAUCUUUUAAGAAUUCAUCUAAUCCAUUUCACUCAUUCAUUCUGACAGGUUUUGCCACAUGCUUUCAUGUGGGGCCCCUCAAGGACCCAUUCUGGGCCCCCUGUUGUUUUCUCUUUACCUUCUUCCCCUUAGCUUCAUGUUAAAACAACACUCUGUUCGUUAUCACUUAUAUGCUGAUGACUGUCAGAUUUACAUGUCUGUGAAACCCCAGCAAUUCAUUCAGCCUCUUUUUAGAUUGCAUUCGUGAUGUGAAAUGUUGGCUGACCACAAAUUUUCUACAUCUUAACAACUCCAAGACUGAACUGAUCCUGUUUAAUCCGGCCAGACCUAGCGCAUUUCAAACCCCAGAUCUUUCUUCCAUUUCUCCAAAUCUAAAAACCGUUGUAACAAAUCUAGGUGUGAAGAUGGAUUCAUCUCUAAGGAUGGACGCCCAGGUUAAUGCCACUGUAACAUCUUGCUUUUUCCAACUCCGCCAUCUGGUCAAAUUGAGAGCUGCCUUAUCUAGAAAGAAUCUGGAAUCAGUCUUUCAUGCCUUUAUCACAUCUAGGCUUGACUAGUCAAAUGCUGUUUUACUGGGUGUUACAAAAUCAACUCUCGCUCGACUUCAACUUCCUCAAAACACAGCUGCUAGAUUCCUGACACGUACUAACAGGCGCCAGCAUAUAACACCAGUUCUCAGAUCCCUUCACUGUUUGCCCAUCACUUUCAGGGUUCAAUACAAACUCCUACUUUUUGUUUUCAAAUCCCUCCACGGUCUUGCCCCUGCGUAUUUAUAACACCUUCUCUCAAUUUAAUCCCCCGGCCGCACACUUAGGUCCUCUAGUUUGUUGCUCCUCGAGGUCCCGAAAGUGCAUUACAAAUCGUGGAGAAAGAACUUUUUUCCGUUGGUGGUCCUAAACUAUGGAAUGAACUCCCAGUCACAGUUCGACAGGCAUCCUCCUUAGAGGUUUUUAAGUCUAGAUUAAAGACGUUCUAUUUUACCCUUGCAUUUAACAGUUAGCUGCUGGAUGGGCUUUAUUACUUUACUUUACUAUACUUGGAAGACAUGUUUCCAUUGGUUUUACUGGUAACUCUUAUUUUAUUUUUGGCUUGUGUUAUUGUAUUCUUGGUUGCAUUUUAUUGUUUCAUGUGUUAUAUUUUUAUUAUUGUGUGACUGUUCGGCACUUUGGUCAGCCGUAUGGCUGUGUUUUUUUUAAAGCGCUAUACAAAUAAAGAUGAUGAUGAUGACGAUGAUGAUUCUAUCCGACAGGUUUUGCCACAAUCAAAAGGCAAAAUGUUUUAAAAAAACUUUUGGGAGGAUUUAAAAAAAAUCUCAUUAACAAAGCUUAGAUGUUACUAAGACAAAAGCUGAGCUUGUAGUGAGAAAAAGGACCACAGAUCCACUGGAGCAUAACGGUUGAGUCUUUAACACAGUUUUGUGUUUUUACUGUAGUCACAAAAUAUUGAGGCUGGUUUCUCUUUAGAGAAAGAUUAGGAUCUGCUUGUUUUCCUUUGUAGACUCAGGCCCUGUCCACACGUAGCCGGGGAUCUGCCAAAACGUAGAUAUUUUUCUACGUUUUGGCCUGUCAUCCAUGCGAAAACUGAGUUUUUUCACACGAAAACGGAUCUUUUUAAAAACUCCGGCCAAAGUGAAGAUCUGUGUUUUCUCCAUUUUGGGUGUCUGCGUGUGGACAGACAAAACCGGAGUUUUAAGGUCCGCAACGUCACUUUCCGCGACAAAAAAAAAAAAUGCUGACAUCACGUGUGCGACCUGUGUUUACACUAGCCGACAGCAUGGAUGCCCUCAGAGCUGUGCUCGCUUUAUCUACUGUCCAAGCGCUUUUUGCUUGUUUGUUUUUGCAAGCGGAAUUACUGCCCCUUGCGGAAGACCACAGACGAAGGACGAGGUUAAGAACGGGGGAAGUACUGCCGCCUACAGGUCUGGCAUGUCCUUAACAACGUAUUUAUCCGGGUACGUGUGGACAGUGUUUUUUUUUUUAACGAGGUGGUGUGGAUGCAAAUUUUUGGAGGGGCGGAUAUUUGUUUUUAAAAAAAACAGCUACAUGUGGACUAGGCCUCAGUGACAUGGUGGUGUCAGUGUCCAUAAGAGUGUGAUUAUGACUAAUGGGAAUUUUACUUUGUUGGAAAACAUUUACUUGAUUUCUUUGGGAUGCUGUGGUCCUCUUAUCUAACUAAAACCUCCAGCUUUUGCUUGUUAAGCCUGAUUCAAGCUUCUCCGUCUGCAUCAGUGCGGAGACACGCAACGCCCUUGCGGGCCUGCCGGAGAGCUCCGCAAGGACGGACGGAGUCGAGCUCUCUUUUCUAAACAUCCGUCAGUCGAGACAGAUCACGCAAGCUUGCGAUUGGUCAGUACGCCGCUGUCGUCUACACCGCCGGCAUUGCACCCUCAAAAACAUAAAGAGAGCCGAGGAUAACUAGCGGCAGACACGGAGAAGCUUGAAGAACACCUCGCGAAAAAAACUCUAAAAACAUGAACGUUUAAUUCCCCCGUAACUGAAGGAGUGAAAAGAUGCGCAGCAAGCAUUUUAUUUGUGGAAGGAAAUGACAGGAAACGUGGGUUUAGAGGUGGGGAGCGCAUGAAGAGGUGGAGGAGGAUGAGAGACAAAUUUGUCAGCGUUAAAAAGUCUCUUAUAUACAAAAAAACAAUAUGAACACACUAUCUUGCACCGGAUACGACAGGAUACCACAGAACAACGCUACACCCUCUGUUGUCCUGCCGGGGAAUUGCUUUGCAACACUCCCCAGGAGACGGAGACGUAUGAGAGCAAAACGCUUCCGUCAAUCCGUGCGUGUCUGUCCCUUGCGGAGCUGACGGAGAAGCAUAAACCAGGCUUAAGGAACAAAGUGGGGUGAGCAUCAGCACCUCCAAAUCUGAGAACAUGGUUCUCAAUCUGAAAAGGUUGGUGGAGACAUCCUACCUCAAGCAGAGCAAGUUUCCCAAGUAUCUUGGGAUCUUGUUAACCAGUUAGGCAAGGAGGAAACAUGAGGUCGAUGGGCAGAUUAAGGCGGCGUCUGCAAGGAGGAGAACCCAAAAUGGGUCUAAUGUGAGGAGAGAGCUCAGCUGAUAGGGGAAGAUUUUGAUUUACCAGUCAAUUUUCAUUCCAGCUCUCACCUAUUUCAGUGUCACAAGCUUUUGGAAAUGAUGGAAAGAAGAUUGCAAUUGAAGGCAGCCAAAAUGAGAACUACUGGGCGUAUGUUGAGAUCCCACUGAAGGAGCCAGUGGAAGUGGUGUGGAGAGGACAGUCGGUGAACCCUUGUGAGUGCUGCUUCCCCUACAACCCAGACUAGAAUAAGCAGAAAAUGACGAGACAUUUUUAUUUAUUUAAAAUAAAACAUUUUUCACCAAAUAAUGCGUGCAGCCAUUGAAAAGGCCUGAAUUUCUCCAGAAGUAAAUAUUGUUCUAAGCAUGGCUGUUCUUGUGUCAGAGUGUCCAAGUACUUCAGUGGACUGAACAGAGUCUAAACCGUUCUAACAGCUCUGUGGUUGGUCAGGCUUGGUUUGCUACAUGUAUUUACAGCAAAAUCUAAUGAAAUGCAAACACAUUAGUGACAUCAGAAUGUGACUAAAUGUUUUCUAUUUGGCAUAAUGUCCAAGUUUUGUACAGAGAGUUAAGAUUCUUUCAGGUUUGUGCUGAAGGCAAACUUAUUCUAAUUCUUCUCACCAUGUUUCUGACAAUUUGCAAGAGAAAUGUCUGAAUAUUUCCCCCUGUUUGCACAGCUACUCGCAAAUGCUGUUCAUGUGUGUACAGAACAAAAACGAUGCAGCUUGUGUAGUUGUAUAAUGCCUGAGGCAGCACUUUGCUCCACCUUGGAAUAGAAAUGGUGAGUGAAGAAAGGUCAUAAAAGCAGAAACACAGUAUUCAGAGAUAUUACAAGUUACCCUCUUUGCAUUACCAAAGCUGUAAAUUGCUCUUUCUUUUUAUUAAAUACAUUUAUUGACUCAAUAUUUUCAAAUUUAAUAAAAUCAAGGUUCAUCAUUUGAGAAAAUGUAUUUGAAACGCAUUUGUUGAUGAGCUAAUGAUUGCUAAAUCAAUUCCAAGUAGAAAAUGAUUGUCAGAAAUAAAUCAAGUGCAAUUGGUUUUCAUCCAUCCACAGUGAAAGGCACACAGGAAGGCCAGAUGGGUAGAAGGAAAUGAUCUUGUCAGUCUUUUGGAAGCAGAUUUGUCUCUGUGACAUGUUCUGCUUCCUGUUACUGAGACUCAUUUGUGCAUAAUGACCUUCAUGGCAAACAGCUGACAUUUUGAUAUGAUGUAUUUCAUCAACAGACAAGAUAUGUUUGAGCAUUGCCUUUUUCAAAUGUGUAAAUAUGCACUGUUCAAUAAAAUAUUAAAUACCCUAAAAUGA